CAGUGGUCAGUGAAAGCUGGGCAUAGCUAGAACCUCGACAGCCUAGGAAGAUAGGGUACAUUUGGAGCUACGGAAUCAUACCAAAAUGGUUCUACGGCACUUGACAAGGCUUUCGCCUUGCCUGCGAGUGUCCAAGUCGUUCGCCCCUAUCUCAAUGCGGUACUCCUCUAGUGUACCUUCAAAUACUCCCACAACUCCUUCACUGUUCACCCCUGAAGGUGAUCCGGCAAACGCAAAGCCAUUUUAUGUCACCACACCGAUCUUCUACGUUAAUGCAUCCCCACACGUAGGCCAUCUUCACUCUCUCCUUCUUACAGAUGUCCUUGCACGCUUUUCUCGCUUGAGACAUCCGCAACGCAAGGUUGUGUUUGCAACAGGAACAGACGAGCAUGGCCUGAAAAUCCAACAGGCCGCCAAGGCGAAUGGCGUGGGUGAACAAGAGUUUUGUGAUGAUGUUAGUCAAAGGUUCAGGAAACUUGCGAAAUUGGCCAACGCUUCAAAUACGGAUUUCAUAAGAACCACUGAACUGCGACAUGUCAAAGCUGUUGAGCAAUUUUGGAAUACACUCGUUGCAUCUGGAGAUAUAUACAAAGGGACUCAUUCCGGGUGGUAUUCCAUCUCCGAUGAAUCAUUCUAUGCCGUUUCCCAGGUUACCAAAAGUCCCGAAGACGGGAAGAUGAUUGCGAUAGAAACCGGUAACGAGGUGAUAUGGGAGGAAGAAACAAAUUGGAAAUUUAGGUUGGGAAGACAUAAAAAGGUUUUGGAAAAAUGGCUCAGCCAGCCAGAAUCCGUCCAUCCCAACACUGUCCGUCUCGAUCUCCUUCGCCAAUUAUCAUCUCUUGAAGAUCUCUCCGUCUCCCGCCCCUCAUCCCGCGUGAAAUGGGCUAUUCCCGUACCAGGAGAUCCCGAACAGUCAAUCUAUGUUUGGGUUGACGCGUUGAUAAAUUAUAUUACCGUGCUUGGGUAUCCGGAUUGGGAAGGUAAAGGGGAGAGUGUUGGGUGGCCGGCGGAUGUCCAUGUGGUUGGCAAGGAUAUCAUCAAAUUCCAUGCUCUGCAUUGGCCGUCCCUUCUACACUCCGCUUCUCUCCCUGCUCCCAAACGUAUAAUCGCCCAUGCGCAUUGGACCAUGUCCCACACCAAAAUGUCCAAAUCCCGCGGUAACGUCGUCGAUCCAAUCAGCGCUAUGACACAGUGGGGUGAAGACGGAGUGAGGUGGUAUCUGAUGAGGGUCGGGGGCGGGUUGGUCGAUGAUGCAGAUUAUAACCCUGCGGAAGUUGAGGUGCACUAUCGACUUCUGGCGGAUCAGGUGGGGAACUUGCUCUCCCGAAUUUCGGGCGCAAAGGUCCUUAAGAAGGCGGAGAGGGAGUUUGACUGGGGGAAUGAAAAAACUAGGGAUAGGGGUGAGGAUAGGGAUGAAGAAUUGGAUGGGAUGAUGGCGAGAAUGAGGGAGGAGUUCGAGGGGAAGAUGGAAGUGUUUGGAGUGAGUCAGGCUUGUGCGGGUGUGAUGGAUGUUGUCAUGGCUACCAAUAAACUAUUUACCUCUCUCGCUCCCUGGUCACCAUCUACACCUUCCUCCGUUCCAGCCUUGACAUACGCAUAUCAUGCUCUUCGGCUUUCAGCCAUUCUGUUACAACCUAUCAUACCCGCCAAAGCUGGAGAAGCGCUUGAUAGACUGGGAGUACCGGCAGAAGAAAGGAGCUGGGUGGAUGCAGAAUGGCCCCCGUCAGAGGAGAAGGUGUUGAGAACAGAAAAGAUGGUGGAGAGGUUAAAAGAGGCCAGUAAGAAGUGGAAGGGCAAGGGACACUUGUUCCCCCUUCCAGGAAAAGAUGCGUGAGAUAUUUUUGGGGCUUGUGCUCUUCACUAUGCAUUGUCGAUGCAACAGUGUCUCAUUUUGUGACAUGAUACAUGGGCAGUUUUUUUACACACUGAACAUAGCGCAUAGAUUAAAAAUCUACUCUCCGUAAGUAUACUCCACUUCAUCCACCGCACCACCCUCUCUUUCUUCAUGGUCCUUCGUAUCCAUCUUGAUCGGCAUCGGGCCCCUUGUGUCGAUUUCUUCAUCCUCAAAGACCUCAUCCGGACCUUCGAGGGACCCUAAAUUGAUUGUGGAGUUGACUGUCGGAACGACGGGACGAAGAGGCGAGCCGGUGGACGAUGAGGAAGAGCGGCGCCGUUCGGCCGGCGUGCGUGGAAGGAGAGCGAGGGUUGGUGAGAUGUGCUGUUUUAAGAAGGUCACCGUCACCGCUCCUUCUCCUCCCUUUACCCAUCCCAACCCGACUCUUUUCUCCUUCUGGCACCGAUUCUUCUAAACCUUCACCAUCUUCCGAUAUUCCCUCUUCGUCAUUAACUGCAUCCGCACCCUGUCCGCCUAGCCUGGCAGCACUACCCAACUCUCCGACACUGACUACACUUUCGGAAUCACUUAUUUCCUCUUCAUCCCCUCUUCUCAUGAUCUCGCUCAACCGGUUCCAAGCCCGGCUGUCAGUGUUUCCGGGCCCGGGAGUUUGGAUAUCCUCUCCAUCACUGACGCCGGAGGGAGAUUUGCUUGUGAAACUCAACCCAGCAAUUUCACUGCUUAACCCGAACUCAUCUAAAACCUCAUUACCACCCUCUACCCCAAAGACCUCGACCAGUACAUCCUCGUACUCAUGUAGCCAAAACUCAAUCAUCUCGUCAGGAUUGUAAGGCAAUGAUGCCGGGUUAUUGGAAGAGCUUUUACGGGGGGGGAAAACGUCGGAUUCGGAACUGGUGCCGCUAGUAGAGUCUGAGCGCGCCCGAUGUCCAAAUUGAGGGUGUUGGGUCUGGAGAACGGGAUCUUCGUACAAGGGGUUGAACGACGAGGUGCGGCGGUGGGAUACGUCAGGCGAAAGUGGGGCAGGGGGAAUGUAAUGCCGGAGGUUGUAGAACUGCACGAGAGUCCGAAGGGCAGUAUCUUGCGGCUGAUAAUACUACGUCAAAUCUUGUCAUAGGUGUGGUUUGUAAAGAUAAACGUACGACGGCAUCCUCUAGUUCGGUGUCUUGGUCCGUCCCCGCUAACCAAUCGUCUCGCAACUCGGGGCGGCAGUUGAGAUAGAUGGACGUAAUGACUUUCAUGUUCCCAGCGGCUGAGAUAGCGUGUGUCAGGAUCCAAAGUCGAAAGUAUUCAUUGUGGCCAAUCUCACCUUGACGCCAUUUACGCCCACACCAAGGCAUCUGGCUUUUGAUAAGCUUAAGUACUUGGAGUUGCAACAUCGGCUGGUUGACCUUCAGCAUCCGCUUUAAGAUUUGCUAUGAAUCAGUGCACGAGGACAGUCAGCACUCAAUCUCAACUUCUUGCCCAAAAAGAUCGAUCGACUCCAAACUCACCCAGCUUUUGUAUGAGCUCAUGACAUACGUCCGAUGGCUCCUAUGCUUUGUUACUUUCUGCAACACCUUCAAGAAAUUGAUGGUCGAGAAGAAGUUGCGCCAUGAAUAGUCGUUGGAUAAUUCUGCGUUUUCGGGCAAAGGUCCUGAAGGAUGCCGAGAGGGCCGAAGAUCCGCAGCAUCGUUCGGACGUUGACGACCACAUUCGAGAUAGCAGUAGUUGAAGAAGCUAAAUUGAACGUCAAGUAUGCGAUGUGAAUUUUGGAAAAUA